GUCAAACUUAAGUCAUAACAAAUCGAAAAGUCAAGUCAAAAUGAAAUCCUUUAAAUUGACUAAUGGAAAUAGUAUAUUUUAUAAUAGCAUUUACUUUUUUCCUGUACACAGUGUAUUUACUUUCUAAUUACUGGUUCAUUUUGAUAAGCCUGAUAUUUUUUUUCGAAGUGUACUCACUGAUAUCUUCCAUGAUCAUGUAGAUCCUUUGCUUUACAAAUACUUUGAUUUAAAUCAGUGUCAUUCAGGAUUUUCAAUGAUUUAAUUUAAAUAUAGCGAUUUGCUUAUAAGUGAAGAAAGGAAACAAGUUGCGUCGUUGGCCACAUAAGCCACAGGAACUGUUAACAACUUUGUGAACUUUUCUUGUGUUAACUUCAUCUAUUUGAAGAACUACGGGGGUCGAUAAGAGUCAGUUGCUCCUGUCCGUUUACUAUGAGAGCAAAUGUCCGGACAGCAGAGAUUUCGUACUGAACCAACUGAUGCCGACGAUGAAGAUGCUUCCUAACAACAUUAUACUGCAGCUGGUGCCUUUCGGAAAGGCGAAGAGUAUAGAACAGGGUUACCGUGGAUUCGAGUGCCAGCACGGCCCCUCCGAGUGCCUCGGCAACAUCAUACAAAGCUGUGCCCUCAACCUGAUGCGAAGCAAGACUGACUUGAAGAAAGCGGAGUACGUAGCUUGCGAAAUGAAGUCAUUGGCUUCCACCAGAGGCGACCUUACGUGCGUACAACAAGCUAAUUUGGACCCUGAGAUGGUGAACCAGUGCAUUGAAUCCGGAGAAGGCACUGAGUUACAAUUAGAUGCUGAAUUCCUCACGGGACUCAUCAGCCCGAAAUUCAUACCAACAGUCACUAUUGACGGGAUCUUCAACCAGCAAAUCCAGGACCAUUCGCAGAUAGACUUGAAAGGCACUAUUUGCUCCAUCCUCAAAGAGACUAAGCAGUGCGCGCAACACUACAAUAAUAUGGCUCUUAAAUAUGUGCUAGUGUGAGAAAAUAAGAGCAAACUGUUUAUAAUAAUCAUUUCUUAAUAGCUA